AUGAUGUUCAUCAUGCGAUGGACGAAAACUCGACACCUUCCACCGGAAUCGAAUGAGAUCGCCUCGGAAUCCGCCGUCAUCUUCCGGUCGAGUCGGCCUUCGAAACCCAACAUUUCUUUCGCCCAUUCCAGUCGGCCUCAAGUUUCCAUUUACAUUUCGCAUAUCAUUUUGGGCCUUGCCUCAACUUCCUCUGCGGACACCGAAUUGCCUCAGUGCAUACAAGAACUUUUAUUCAAGACGUACCAAUAG